GUGCGUCGUCUUCUUCUUCCUCCGCUCGCCGCACGUGCGGCGCACCCACCCAACCCUCCUCCCCCUCCUCCUCCGUUUCUCCCCCAAAAUCCGAGCCAAAUCCUUUCCCCGAUUCCACGCGGCGGCGGCGGCGGCGGCGGCCCGGGAUUCCACUUCACCCGCGGUCCUGCCCGGCCGCCGAUUCCCCGGGUCGCGCCGGCACCGGCGCCUCCGCCCGUCGUCUCGAUGGCGGCGAGCGCGGUGAGGCGCGGUUUUGGAACGCCCAGGGAGUAUCCGAAUAUUCUUGCUAGGACAUAAUAUAAUGGUUUGAUUGGAGAAGCAAAUUAGAAAAUGGUAGAGCAUGGCAAGCAACUAGCUAUCCCUGCAAAGGUGAUGCCUUUGGACAAUGCAGUGUUCACUGAAGUAGAAGCUGAUGAACUUAGCUGCCAUGGCACUCCGGCACACUGUGCAGAGCAUGGCCAGGCUAGCCUUGUGCUCAAGGAUGACCAGGAAUGCAGUGCCAGCCAUGUUCAUGGCAAUGGCCCUGUUGAAGAAUCAAAUGGUUGCAUGCCAAACCAGAGGAUAGAUGAGCAUGGACAGAUUGAUUUUGGGCAUUCGCUGCAGUUGGUUUUGUUCUCGCGGCAGUGGGGUCUCGCUGAAAGCCUUGUUGCUCUAGCAGACCAUCAGUUAAUGCUGGAUUAUGGUUUGUCCGUUGCUCUUGAUGCCAUUUGGUUCUUGCGGACGGAGCAGGAUCUUCAAGGUCUCAACCAUCUGAUAGGUAAGAUUGUAGAAUCAGGGGCGAAGGAUUUUGCCAGGGCAAUCCUCAGGACUUCAUUGCUCGCAUCUUGUGUCGUUGCCUGCCAAAGCAAGGCGCUUACUUUAGGUGAUAGCAAGGAAAUCAUAGCUCAGAGAUUACAUGAUCGUCUACAAGAUUGUCCUGGUGGUGAACGUUUACAAAUUGAGGCAGGUGCCAAAGUGCAGAAGUUUAUAGAAUGGGCAUUGCAGUGCAUUCAUCUGCAUCGUUGUUCUGAAGAUACAGAGUGUUACAAAGCAAACUGCAGCACUCACCAAGAGGUACAGUUCCAUCUAUCAGCGUUUAAAGCCUUCUUGGACAUAGCUGGUGACAAUCUCAGUGGCAAGAUUUUCACUGAGGCAUUCGAUGCGGCCUGCUUCCCACUUACACUAUUCUCAACUUUAUUUGAACCUGGAUGGUCUUCUGGGAGUUCAGCAGUUGCCAUACAAGGGCUUUUGUCAUUGCUGGUGGAAGGAGGUGCUGAGAAUGUAAAUCAGUGUUUUCUAGAAGCUUCACGUUUUGGAAGUACUGAGCUUGUACGCAUUCUGCUAAAGAUUGCUCAUCAGAACAGCUUGGCUGUCGAUGUCGAUCUUGCUCUAGUCUAUGCUUCUCACUACUGCAAAUUUGAAACGAUGGCAUGCUUGGUGGAUGAAGGGCAUGCCACAUCUUUCCUUUGUCCCUUAGUAAAAGCUUCUGAGCGUGGUUGCUUGCAGGUUGUCCAGUGGUUUGUCAACCGGCAUGUUUCAGACAUUGAGAUGUGCCUUGCUGUAACAACCGCUGCCUCUUGCGGCCACUUCGCAGUUGCCACCUACCUGCUUGCGCAUAUCCCCCGGCAUGUCCUCGAAGCCCUCAGCCCACAGAUUCUCAAAGCUGCGAGGGGACAGGGUAGUGGGUCUUUUGAAGGUGUUUCCUUCCUUCUCCGUUCAAACUUCCUCAACGAUGCCGCCGCUACGUAUGCAGUUGCAGACAGCAUUGCGACCACGAGUACGAUGGAUAUUCCCCAAGACCUGGUUGAUUUUCUGAAAGAGCAGUGGUCUCAGGCCGCAUUUGCUGAAGGAGUAGAGGCUGGGGAAGAUCAUUUUGUGAACAUCACCAGGGUUCUGAGGAGAGGGGCGUCUCCGAUCCGCCUGCAUGACCUCCCGGAGCCCAUGGCACUCGCUAUCGCGUACCUGCCGCUGUACCGGGCAUGCGCGAGUGCAAGAGGGCAGCUGCUGCCGCAGAGACUGAGGGGGGAACUGGUCGAGGCGGUUGGCCGGCUCGGCGUUCCGGUCAACAUGGAAAACAACAGGAGAGAUUUCCUGGCGGUUUUGGAGCAUUACUUCCCAUCAUUCAUAACUGGAGCUUGAGAAACCUCAUGGAAUUUUACCCAGAACCCAAAUGGUUUAGCUGUUGACACAGUAGAAUGGAGCCAAAUGAGCCUUCACUGUGUUAGUUCACUAUGUCAGAGAGAGGAGUUUGUUGUCGAGAUUGUAUAGAGCAUUUUGCGGUUGCGAUGUGAGAAGACAUAAAUGCUUGGAAACUUUUUUUUUUUGUUUUUUUUUUGUUGCUGUCAUAGGUCAGCGUUGGCACUACAACUGCACCAUAAAAUGUGAUGGUAUGUUUUUCAGUUGCUUGUGAUGGUAUACUGUCAUUUCUCCACAACUGUAUAUAGAACAGGACCCUUUGUUUUCCUGUAAUGCACGGUAUGCGCAACUUUGGCAUUACGUAAA